UCCCACCACGAACACUGCUCUUCAACGACUUCACCUAGAAACAACAGCAACGUGCAAUUCAACAUGGCCAAGCUGGCAGAGGGGACAGACGGUCGACCGAAUGGAUCCACGGAGAAAGAUGCUAGUUUUACCGCCCUGUUGAACCCGGUUUAUAAAGGAAAAAAGUUGACGGACCCCGUCCCUACAAUUGAAGACAAGUGGGAGCUUUUGCCAGCGUUUUUAAAAGUCAAAGGUCUCGUUAAACAACAUUUAGAUUCGUACAAUUAUUUCGUGGAUGUGGACUUGAAGAAAAUUGUCGAAGCAAACCAAAAAAUCACCUCAGAUGUCGAGCCUUGGUUCUAUUUGAAAUACCUGGAUAUUCGUGUGGGUCAGCCUGUACGUACUGACCUCGACGCCAUACAACACUCUAUUUCACCACAUGAGUGUCGACUCCGUGACCUAACGUACGGUGCGAACAUCUUCGUGGACAUCGAAUACACAAGAGGCCGUCAGGUGGUUCGGCGGCGGAAUGUGCCUAUCGGUAGAAUGCCUGUCAUGCUUCGAAGCAACAAGUGUGUUCUGUACGGCAAAAGUGAGAAGGAGCUGGCUGCUCUCAACGAAUGUCCUUUGGACCCUGGUGGAUAUUUCGUUGUGAAGGGAACGGAGAAGGUCAUUUUGGUCCAGGAACAACUCUCAAAAAAUCGUAUUAUCGUGGAAGCAGAGCCCAGCAAGGAGAUGUGGCAGGCGUCCGUGACCUCUUCGACACACGAACGAAAAUCCAAGACAUACGUGGUCACGAAGAACGGCCGGCUAUACAUGAAGCACAACAGUGUGAACGAGGACAUUCCCAUCGUCAUCGCUUUGAAGGCAAUGGGUCUGCAAUCAGAUCGCGAAAUCUUCGAGUUAGUUGCCGGCUCAGAGGCCAACUACCAGGAUCUAUUCGCACCUAGUGUUGAAGAAGCUGCGAAACUGAAUGUGUACACUACUGAGCAGGCCUUAAACUACAUCGGUUCGCACGUAAAGGUAAACCGCCGUGCUGGCGCCGCUCGUUUGCCUCCACAUGAAGAGGCUCUCGAAGUCUUGGCUGCCGUGGUGCUUGCACAUAUCAGCGUCGUGAACUUGGACUUCCGCCCGAAGGCUGUUUAUGUGGCCAUGAUGGCUCGUCGUGUCCUUAUGGCCAUGGUGGAUCCCUCACAGGUGGACGAUCGUGAUUAUGUUGGUAACAAACGUCUCGAACUAGCCGGCCAGUUGCUGGCCUUGUUAUUUGAAGAUUUGUUCAAAAAGUUCAACUCUGACUUGAAGCUGAACAUCGACAAAGUGUUGAAGAAGCCUAACCGCACGCAGGAGUUUGACGCAUACAACCAACUCUCUAUGCACGGUGACCACAUUACGCAGGGCAUGGUGAGAGCCUUGUCAACAGGUAAUUGGUCACUGAAGCGUUUCAAAAUGGAACGUGCCGGUGUCACUCACGUCCUGUCUCGUUUGAGUUUCAUUAGUGCCCUUGGUAUGAUGACACGUAUCACAAGUCAGUUCGAGAAGACGAGAAAGGUUUCGGGUCCUCGUUCUCUGCAACCGUCCCAAUUCGGUAUGUUGUGUACGUCCGAUACGCCUGAGGGUGAAGCUUGCGGUUUGGUGAAGAAUCUUGCCCUUAUGACUCAUAUCACAACCGACGAAGAAGAAGGACCGCUUAUUCGUCUGGCGUAUGCCUUCGGCGUAGAAGACGUACACACUGUCACGGGCAGGGAAAUUUUGGCUCAGGACUCCUACCUGGUCUACAUUAAUGGUAGCAUCCUUGGUAUCACCCGUUAUCCCAGCCGCUUUGUUUCUUGUUUCAGACGUUUGAGACGCAGUGGCCGCAUUUCCCCGUUCGUUGGUAUCUUCAUCAACGAGCACCAAAGGGCCGUGUUUAUCUCGGCUGACGGUGGUCGUAUUUGUCGUCCACUUAUUGUUGUCGAAAAUGGAUUGCCUCGUGUCACAAACGAGCAUAUCCGCAAAUUAAAAAAUGGUGAAAUGGUUUUUGAAGACUUUUUGAAAGCGGGCUACGUGGAGUAUGUUGAUGUAAAUGAGGAAAACGACAGUCUUAUCGCUGUUUACGAAAAAGACAUUGCUCCAGAUACAACACAUCUUGAAAUUGAACCCUUCACUAUUCUUGGUGCUGUUGCAGGUGUCAUUCCAUAUCCACAUCACAACCAAUCUCCAAGAAACACAUACCAGUGUGCAAUGGGUAAACAGGCUAUUGGCGCAAUUGGUUACAACCAGCUACAGCGUAUCGACACGCUUCUGUAUCUUAUGGUUUACCCACAACAGCCUAUGGUAAAAACAAAAACAAUCGAGCUUAUCGGCUAUGAUAAGCUGCCUGCUGGUCAAAACGCCAUGGUUGCGAUUAUGAGUUAUUCGGGUUAUGAUAUUGAGGAUGCACUUGUCUUGAACAAGGCAUCUCUCGAUCGUGGAUUCGGUCGUUGUCAAGUGUUCCACAAACACUCUGCCAUCAUUCGCAAGUAUCCUAAUGGCACUCACGAUAGAAUUGGUGAUCCACAGCGUGAUCCAGAAAAUGGGAAGGUGAUUUGGAAACACAAAAUCCUUGAGGAUGACGGUUUGGCCGGUGUCGGCUGCCAGGUACAAUCAGGACAAGUCUACAUUAAUAAGCAGACCCCUACUAAUGCAUUGGACAAUACCAUUGCGUUGGGCCAGCCGCAGACGACAGAGUCGGGAUACCGUGCUACUCCGAUGACAUACAAAGCGCCAGAGCCUGCAUACAUUGAUAAAGUUAUGCUUACGAACAGCGACGCUGACCAAACACUUGUAAAAGUACUCACUCGCCAGACCCGUCGUCCUGAACUGGGAGACAAGUUCUCUUCUCGACAUGGUCAAAAGGGUGUUUGUGGUGUUAUCAUUCAACAGGAGGAUAUGCCAUUCAACGAUAUUGGUAUUUGUCCUGAUAUCAUUAUGAAUCCUCACGGUUUCCCCUCGCGAAUGACUGUAGGAAAAAUGAUUGAACUGCUAUCUGGAAAGGCAGGCGUCCUCAGAGGCACUCUCGAGUACGGUACCUGUUUUGGAGGCAGUCGGGUGGAAGACAUGAGUCGUAUUCUCGUUGAACACGGCUACAACUACUCAGGUAAGGAUAUGCUUACUUCUGGUAUUACGGGUGAACAACUGGAAGCUUAUAUAUUCUUUGGCCCUAUUUACUAUCAAAAACUGAAGCAUAUGGUACUGGACAAAAUGCACGCUCGUGCUCGUGGUCCGCGUGCCGUCCUUACUCGUCAACCUACUGAGGGUCGUUCCCGCGACGGUGGUUUGCGUUUGGGUGAAAUGGAACGUGAUUGUUUAAUUGCAUAUGGUGCCUCGCAAUUGCUGCUUGAGCGUCUUAUGCUGUCGUCUGAUGCUUUUGAGGUCGACGUCUGCGAGAACUGUGGUCUCCUUGGAUACAAGGGUUGGUGCAACAGUUGUGAGAGUUCCAAGCACGUUGUUAAAAUGACUAUUCCUUAUGCAGCCAAGCUUCUGUUCCAGGAACUUAUGAGUAUGAACAUCAUACCUCGGUUAGCUCUGGAGGAUGAAUUUGCUCAUUAGCUAUAAAACGGCACCAACAAACAGUGCCAUUCAUGAGUAUAACACGUUCAACGAUCUCUACAUUCUUCCUCCAUCCUUACACUUUUACGCAAGUUAAAAAUUUCCUUUUUUUUUGAGUACAACGGACCUAUAUCUAAGCUACAAAUAAUCAUCAUCUGUUUACUGGGUUUCAGGAUUAAAUACACAGUACUGAGUCGAUGAAAGCGAACGUUCGGAUGUGUUAUUCUUGUUUUUUGUUUUGUAUCCAUAGAACUUAUAAAAAAUUACCAUGUGUUGACAAUUCAAGUUAAAUUUGCCUCUUCAGCAAUAACAACGCAGACAUAACUAAACACGCGCCGUUGAUGAUAUUAUCAGUUUUCUUGUCUUAUUUUAAUGCAUUCUGUCUCUUUUAGUAGAAACUGCACCAUGUCU